GGGAGGAGGGGAAAAGCAUUAGGUACCUGGUACCCAGCAAAAGCCCUGACGGCAGAGUUAUCAGUGAAAUUCCUCAAAGUGACAAAGGGCUAGAAGAGGGGUUCCUUGCUGGUACAACCAGGUCACAAGCCUAAGAAGGCUUGACGGGUGUGGCUGGCUCCCUCCCCAGGGCUUGCCCUGUUUCCGAUCUGGGCUUGGCUGGCCGGGUUGUGCUCCUCCUGGCUCUCUGCAGGACCUCGGGCUCCAGGAAUUUGGACCGAGUGGUAGAGACAUCGCCGACAGAGACGGCAAUUGCCAGCUUCCUCCCUAUGCUGCCUUGUGAUUCAAAGCAGGAUUCUGCUCUGCUUUUCUAAAAGGGGAGCACGUUAAUGCUGGAGACCCACAGAUCAGAAGCAGGCAAGGAAACUCCACCGGUCCCAUCCAAGAGUCUGAGCCAUGUGGCCUCUCCUGCUGGCUUUUUUCCUGCUUCACGCCUGCCCCGCUGGAGGAGCCCGCGACCUCCGCCGGGUCCUGAUGCUGCAGAAGACGGAGCUUGCGCUGCGCCUCUACCGGAGCGUGGCCGCCACCAGCAACCAGACCAACCUGGUCCUCUCCCCGGCCAGCGUGUGCAUCCCUCUGGAGCUCCUGCACUUUGGGGCCCAGGGCAACACGGGCCGGCAGCUGGCCGAGGCCCUGGGCUACACCGUUCACGACCCAAGGGUCAGAGAGUGGCUGCGAGCCGUCUAUGCCACGCUACCCAGCGCCAGCCCCGGUGCCAAGCUGGAGCUGGCCUGCACCCUCUAUGUGCAAGAGGGAACGCCGCUCGCCCCCUGCUUCGUGGAGCAGGUCUCCCGGUGGGCCAACAGCAGCCUGGAGCCAGCCAAUCUCAGAGAACCCAAGGGCACCACCCUCCUGGCCAAUGGAUGGGCCUCCGGGCCGACAGCAGGUGAGGGUCGAGGCGGCUCCACGUGGACGCGCAGCAGCGGCGGCGGCGGCGACGGCGGCGGCUCGGCGUCUGCGCAGUUGGUGCUGCUGAGCACCAUGACUUUCCAGAGCGCCUGGCGGCAGCGGUUCUCCUCCUCCGACACUCAGCUCCUGCCUUUCACCUGUGCCCGGGGCCUCGUCCUCCAGGUGCCCAUGAUGUACCAGAUGGCUGAGGUCAACUACGGCCAGUUCCAGGACCCUGCAGGCCAUCAGGUGGGGGUGCUGGAGCUGCCAUACCUGGGAAGUGCGGUGAGCCUGCUUCUGGUGCUGCCGCAUGACAGAGACACCCCACUGAGCCACAUCGAGCCCCACCUCACCGCCAGCAUCCUUCAUACCUGGACCUCCAGCCUGAAGAGAGCCAGGAUGGACGUGUUCCUGCCCAGAUUUAGAAUCCAAAAUCAUUUCAACUUAAAAAACAUUUUAUAUUCCUGGGGACUCACCGAUCUUUUCGACCCACUCAAAGCUAACUUGAAGGGAAUUUCAGGCCAAGAUGGCUUGUAUGUUUCUGAAGCGAUCCACAAAGCCAAGGUGGAGGUUGCAGAGGAAGGCACCAAGGCUUCUGCGGCUACAGCUCUGUUGUUACUGAAAAGGUCUCGGAUUCCCAUUUUUAAAGCAGACCGACCAUUCAUCUUUUUCCUGAGAGAGCCCAACACAGGUAUCACAGUAUUUUUUGAUAGAACUAAGAUAAAUUCAAUUUAUCAGCAUCUCUCUAGCAGCAAGGGCUGAUUUGCCCACCAGAGCCUAACAAGCAUUCCUUCUAGCUGGUUUCUAUGGUGCUUCAGAAGCUUCCCAGUUGCUAUGUCAUGUAUCCUAAGAGAGUAUUUCACGACAACAGAGGAAAGGAACAUCCUGUGUGUCGUUUUGGCCUUCUCGUUCAGCUCAGUUGUAGUGAGUGGGUGUAGGGCUUGACAAAUUCAGGUUUCUACUUCUGGGGAGACUUAGAAAAAUCAUGAAAGUAAAAUAAAUGAUCCAUCUUGACUUCUUCCCCAUUGUUACCUAACUUUCUCAGCACUGUAGGGUAGAGUGCCUUCAGGCCACUAGGGUAUCCAAGUAGUCCUCUGCCUCUCAGCACCCCGAGUAACCUAGGGGAUGUCCCUGCAUUCUGUAGUUUUUCUGUUGAUCUUUCUCAAGCUUGCUAACGUUACACAAAAAUCAGAUGUUUGCCCUAGUACUUCUCAGUCCCACCAUUCAACCCUAGUCUUAAUCCAAAGAUGGUACGGUACAGGCAGAGCCUUAGAACAUCAGGGCAGCAGAAGUCCUUUAAGCAUCAAAACACUGAACAAAAUAUUCAAAUUAUUCCUCUUAACGUUCCCCCACCCUCUCUGGCAAUUACUUAGGCUGGGAAAGAAAAGAGAUUCUCAGUAAAGAGUUGUUGGCAAGUCUAAACAACGUGUUAAAAAGAAAUAGGAUGGAACAGACUAAUAAAAAUCAAGCAAAAGUGGAUCUACUUUAACUAAACAUCAGGCAUUAUUUUUAUUUAUGGAGAGAAAAAAAAAGUCAAAAGUUAGAAUAAUGAAAAUUACGCAUAGGUUUUACACAAAUUGUUAAGGAAAUACUGUCAACAUCAUUUUAUCUGAGAAUCAUUUGCAUACUGCUGUAACUUGAGCUAGAAAUCAAAGGAACACUUGUGACAAAAAGGAUGAAGAUCAUCAUUCACUAGGAAACAAUCUAUUUUGAGAUUAUCUGGGAAGAAAAAGUCCAUCAACAGAAGAUAUCCUCCUAGUAUUUCACCAUGAUCAUCCCAACCCCACAGUUAUUAGAUGAAAAUGUCACUUAUCACUCAGAACAGGCAACAGAGAGCCCUCUCUUAAAAAAAGGGCACAGGUCAAAAAACGAAAGAUGAAAAAAUGGCAGGUUCUCCUCCCUCAAGAAACAAAGAACAGGACUAAACUUGAACAGAAAGGUCACUGUCAAAAGCUGAUAGCCAGUAAAGGUUGAUGACAGUUACAAGAACAGUUUCCCUUUUGGAAUUUAACUGCAUAAAAAUGUUGUAAAAUCUCUCAACUGUCUAGUAAAGGACAAACACGACUUCUGUGAUAAGAGUCUUCAGAACCGCCUUAGUGAACAGAAGGAAAAUAGACCCCAACCCCAGUUCCAUCAUCCGCCGCACAUCUAAACGUAAUCACUGUGAAUCUGUGGACCUCUUGCUGGGAGGUUCACUUGCCCCACAUCACACCAGGCAUAGUGGCUGUUCUUCUGGUGAUGAAGAGCCAGGGUGAGUCAGCCUUCAGGUCACCAAAUUGACAGAGCUUAAUGAUAAGGGCAAAUGACUCAAAUCAGUUUACAAAUGGGACACAUACGAGAACGUUACCAAAAAAUGAUCUUAACCUCAAGAUUAAACUGUUGGGAGAACCCCCGUCGUCCAGCUUUACAGUCACCCAGUGAUCUGAAGGGCCUAAAAGACAGGCUAGUCCCCUCAAAUGUACGCCGCCGCCUCUCUGCUUACAGGAAUUCUGCAGUAAGUAUUUCACUUCUUUAACUAAUAUGCCCAGUUUCUUAAAACGUUAGAAAUAUCCUGUGAGAGAUGGGAUAUUAAGCUUGAACUCUGAUGUGUUUCACAAGUUGUGACUCGGUUUGGGGAUGAAGGCAUGGAGUCUCAUGGCAGAGAGACGGAGGACAAGAAGGGACUGAACAAACGGCUUCUUUCCAACUCCCUCUAGGGUUCAUACCCCAAAAUGCAUUAAAGGUCAAGGGUCUAAAAGGAUUAUUACCUCACGAGCAACCUGUGAAAUAGAAAUAAAAACUUUCUGAUAAGGAAAUAUUGCCAAAUAUUGGAAAAGAUUGAGUCCCUUUCCUAAAUAUUCUUAUUAACUUUUACCUGAAUGAUUUAUAAUCCCCUGUUAAUCUCAGAAUCUAAACAUACAUAAUUUAAAACAAUUCAUUCUGGAUGUCGUGUAUCUCUUGUUGAAUUUAGCUAUGUGACUGCAGGUGAUUAAUUACCUUAACGGUUCCAUUUACUAAACAGUAUCCUGCUUAAAUGUAUUUUGUACAGGUUAAAAAAUGUUUAAAGAACUGCAUAUGAAAAUACUAUACAAUGUUACAUGAAACGCUUUUUUUUCUUGACAGAAUUUGUCUUCAGUAUUGGGAGAGUUUCCGAUCCCCUAAACUAGCAGAUCUCAGGCGUGUUCUCCACUUUCAUCUAUGCUUUCUUCAUAAAAAGUUGCAUUUCAUUUGGCUAUACCCUUGCAAUUUUAAAAAUGUUCUGCUAAAGUAUAAAAAGGUAAGGGUAUGUGACUUUCAAAUAUCAUGAACCUAAAAAUACUUCACUUUUACUAUAAUUUUAUAAAUUUAUUUUGCUCUCUCUUCAUCUAAAUGUACUUUAACCUUCUUUUCUACUGGUUAUCCCCAAAGCACUACAAGGCACAGAAGUGAUCUAUGAAUGGUGAGUCAGGCCACAGGGUCACAUCCUCAGUAAGGACACAGGAGGCCAUCUUGGACUGAGAAUGGACAGUGACUAGCGUUCGGUUUUCCUUACGCUGGGUAACUCAGGGAGAACGUGUUUCUUUUUCAUUUAACUUUUAAAUAAACGACAAAUCGAAGUGAGAGAAUAGCAGAGAAGAACAAAGGGAUCCCCUUGGAAGCCCCAGUCUGUUGUGGGACUGCUGUAAGCACAGCCUCCAGCUGCUAAAUGCUGGACAGUUCAGAGUAUUCAGUGGACCCUACACUUGAAGCUCCCUAACUCACAGCUUCUCUCUGGUGCCAUCCACAGUCCUAGUGAGAAAGGAAAAAGUAGCUGAAGGAAAGUAUGUAAGGAAACCAAUAAAGUCCAAAGGCGUCUGCUUUUCAAACAGCUUUUAAACCGUCUGCCUAUCUGCCUGCUGCAGAUACAUUAUCUAGGCAGAAAUGGAGUAGUUGGAGUGGCCAACAAAAGCUAAGAACAUAGAGGAAAAAGACAAUGCAAGUUAAGCAACAUGUAAUUACAGUUAAGUUUAACAAAUGUGAACUUCAAGUGGUGUAUUUUUCCAAUGCUAAAAAGCAAGGCCUUUAAAAUUCCAUUAUCUUAAGAUGGUUGUAAAUGAUUACUUUAAAUGUGAUUAUUUCCUAAACCACACAAGAGUAAAAUAGAGCAUUUAUUGAUGGAAUAACAAAAGUGCUUUUCUUAAAUAUUCUUCAAAAUACAUUUGUACAACUUACAAUAAUAUAUCCAAAAUAACUGUAUAUACAAAACAUUGCC